CUUUAGACUCCUCGUGAUAGCUGCUCAUAUCCACAGAGCGCCAGUGCCGACUGUGUUUCACGCGGCCUGCAGGGCGGACCGAGGGGUGGAGUCGCACCCGGUGUAUAUAGAGCAAUUCAAUGUUGGACUAAGGGAGAGAGAGAAAGAGUCCCGUGUCUGAAAGCCACACUUCACCUAAAACAACUUCAAUCCGAGCGUGAGAAUCAAAGUACUGGAGUUCAUUCACAGCGUUGGCGCAUGCGUGGGAAUUAUUUCAUUCACUCAGUCCUGGAAAGCCCAUCAGUCUGGGUUCUUUAAAAACUCCACCUGUCUUCUUCAGAUACUGUAGAUGUGUUCCAAGUUAUUUUAGUUAUUGAACUUUCCGACUGAGGAGUAUCUGUGCAAUCGGCUAGUGGGACGAGGUUGAUGUCUCGGGACGAGAUUGAUGUCUCACUUUCGUGUGCAUGGAGUACCCGUGUUCGUGGAUUGAGGAAAGUGUGUGCGAGUCAGUUACCGAAUAUGAUCAGAGUGCGGGGUUUAUUUCUACACUAGAGGCGCCGCCUUUGCUCUGAACACACACACACAUUCACGCGCCAUCAGGUGCCACAAACACACACACACUUCCGAUUGAGUAUUCGGUUCUCUGAGGAUCAUCCAGGACUUCUCCCAGCACCGAGUCGGAAUUAUAAAGCAGAUUUGUCCCCGCGUGACAGGAUGAUGGAUGCUUGAGGGCGCGAAAGAUCAAUACCCCCCAUUUAUCAAUACUCUCUAAGCGCACGUGAAGAUCGCCUCCGCUGGAUGUGUAUCACCGCAUCUCUAUCACCAGGUGGCUUCCCAAUCGUGCGUCUUCAUGCGCGCGUCUCCAGUUCGGGUCUUUGCGCGUAUAUGUGCGCAUAAGGUGUUUUAAGGUCGACAGAAGAAAACGCGCGCGGGAUAUUAUAGCGCAGAAACUUUGAUUUGACUGUCGGGACUUUAAACUUGCGUCCACACAGACGAGACUACAAUAGACAUAGAGCCCUAAUGGGAACGGAUCUGAAAUAAAUUCCAAUUUGUUUCCCAUUUGAUAAGAAGAGAGGAAAGCAUUCAAGUCGGAGGAGAUUACAAGUGUUUUUGCCUCAGAAGAGAAUUUGUUGUGGAGAUUUUUUUUGGAAUUAAAACUCUACAAGCAGAAGUUAAGGAAAGCGUGGUGAUGUUUGUGUUGAAAGCGGCGGUGUGUUUGGGAGCUUUGCUGUGUGCGCUGCUUGGCAGUGCUGGGGCUCAGUCGUGCCCGUCACAAUGCUCCUGCAGCGGGACAGCGGUGGACUGCCACGGGCAGAGUCUGCGGAGCGUGCCACGGAACAUUCCCCGCAACACUGAGCGCCUUGACCUGAAUGCAAAUAAUCUGACUAAAAUUACGAAAGCAGACUUUGCGGGACUGCGGAACCUCAGAGUUCUGCAGUUGAUGGAAAACAAGAUCACUUCUAUUGAGAGAGGGGCAUUUCAAGACCUGAAAGAACUGGAAAGACUGCGUCUCAACAGGAAUAAUCUUCAGGUUCUUCCAGAGUUACUCUUCCUCGGCACGACCAAACUCUUCAGGCUCGAUCUGAGUGAAAAUCAAAUCCAGGGGAUUCCCAGAAAAGCCUUCAGAGGAGCUACUGAGAUCAAAAACCUGCAGUUGGACUAUAAUCAGAUUUCCUGCAUUGAAGACGGAGCGUUCAGAGCCAUGCGGGACUUAGAAGUACUCACACUGAACAACAACAAUAUCUCUCGUCUGUCAGUGGCUAGUUUUAACCACAUGCCCAAGCUCAGGACAUUUCGCCUGCAUUCUAAUAAUCUGCUAUGUGAUUGUCAUGUGGCUUGGCUCUCUGAUUGGCUGAGACAGAGGCCCCGCCUUGGCCUCUACACACAGUGUAUGGCCCCGCCCCCCCUGAGGGGCCACAAUAUUGCAGAGGUUCAGAAGAAAGAGUUUAUCUGCACAGGACCCCAGUCUCACUCGUCCUGUAGUGUAUUGCAGUGUCCUGAACUGUGCACCUGCAGUAAUAACAUAGUGGACUGCCGGGGGAAAGGACUGACUGAGAUACCCACCAGCCUGCCGGAGACCAUCACUGAGAUCCGACUGGAGCAGAAUUCCAUCAAGAUAAUCCCACCAGGAGCGUUCUCACCUUACAAGCGACUGCGGAGAAUAGAUUUGAGUAAUAACCAAAUAACCGAAGUGGCGUCGGAUUCCUUUCAAGGUCUCAGAUCUUUGAAUUCUCUGGUUUUAUAUGGGAAUAAAAUCACUGAACUUCCCAAAGGCCUUUUUGAUGGACUCUUCUCAUUGCAGCUACUGUUGCUAAAUGCAAACAAAAUCAACUGUUUGCGUGUGGAUUCUUUUCAAGACCUGCAGAAUCUGAAUCUUCUCUCACUUUAUGACAACAAACUCCAGACGAUUGCAAAGGGAACAUUUUCUUCUCUUCGAGCCAUCCAAACACUUCACCUUGCCCAGAACCCCUUUAUGUGUGAUUGCCAUCUGAAGUGGCUUGCUGACUAUCUGCAAGACAACCCGAUUGAGACCAGUGGUGCCCGAUGCACCAGUCCCCGUCGUCUUGCCAACAAACGCAUCGGUCAGAUCAAGAGUAAAAAGUUCCGCUGUUCAGCUAAAGAGCAAUACUUUAUACCAGGUGUGGAAGACUACCGGUCUAAACUCGGUGGGGACUGCUUCGCUGACCUGGCCUGCCCAGAGAAAUGUCGCUGUGAAGGAACCACAGUGGACUGUUCGGGACAAAAACUCACUAAGAUCCCAGAUCACAUACCUCAGUAUACAGCAGAACUUCGCUUGAACAAUAAUGAAUUUACGGUGCUGGAGGCUACAGGAAUCUUUAAAAAGCUGCCACAGCUGCGCAAAAUUAACCUUGGCAACAACAAGAUCACUGAUAUUGAAGAGGGUACGUUUGAGGGAGCAAACGGUGUGAACGAACUCAUACUGACCAGCAACCGCUUAGAGAGCGUCCACUAUAGCAUGCUGAAAGGCCUCGGCGGUCUGCGCACCCUGAUGUUGAGGAGUAACAAGAUAAGCUGUGUUAAUAACAGCAGUUUUACUGGUCUGAGUUCUGUGAGGCUGCUAUCUCUCUAUGAUAACCUGAUCACCUCCAUGUCCCCGGGAGCCUUUGACACACUACACUCCCUGUCCACGCUGAACUUACUGGCCAAUCCGUUCAACUGUAAUUGUCAUCUGGCCUGGCUGGGCGAAUGGCUCCGUAAGAAACGUAUCGUCACGGGCAACCCGCGCUGUCAGAGCCCCUACUUUCUUAAGGAGAUCCCCAUUCAAGAUGUAGCCGUACAAGACUUUGCCUGCGAGGACGGUAAUGAUGAGAAUAGCUGUUCGCCGCAGGCUCGCUGCCCUGCCGAAUGUUCGUGUUUGGAUACGGUGGUUCGCUGCAGUAAUAAAGGACUAAACGUUUUACCCAAGGGCAUUCCUAAAGACGUUACAGAGCUCUAUCUCGAUGGCAACCAGUUCACGCAAGUCCCCCUGGAACUAUCCAAUUAUAAACACCUCACUCUCAUCGAUUUGAGUAAUAACCAGAUCAGCACAUUGUCCAACCACAGCUUCAGUAACAUGUCCGAGCUGCUCACCCUAAUCUUAAGCUACAACAAACUGAGGUGUAUUCCUGUGAAGGCUUUUGACGGUCUCAAAUCUCUGCGUCUAUUGUCUCUCCAUGGUAAUGAUAUAGCUGUGAUCCCAGAUGGAGCUUUCAAAGAUCUGUCCUCUCUCUCCCACCUGGCUCUGGGAGCAAACCCACUGUACUGUGAUUGUAAUAUGCAGUGGCUCUCUGAUUGGGUAAAAAGCGGCUAUAAGGAGCCUGGUAUCGCACGCUGCACUGGUCCUGGAGAGAUGACCGACAAACUACUUCUGACCACACCCUCUAAGAAAUUCACCUGCACAGGUCCAGUGGAUGUGAACAUUUUGGCCAAAUGUAAUCCAUGUUUAUCCAAUCCCUGCAAGAACGACGGGACGUGCAGUAACCAUCCUGUCGAUUUUUACAGAUGUACAUGUCCAUAUGGAUUUAAGGGUCAAGACUGUGAGGAACCGAUUCACGCGUGCAUCAGUAACCCUUGUCAGAAUGGAGGCACCUGUCAGCUUAAGGAUGGAGAUGAGAACACUCACUGGUGCGUGUGUCCGGAUGGAUUCGAGGGCGAUGACUGUGAGAUAAAUAUUGAUGAUUGUGAAGAUAAUGACUGUGAGAAUAACUCAACGUGUGUGGAUGGCAUCAACAACUACACUUGUCUCUGCUCACCUGAAUACACAGCUGCUAAUAAUAAUGAGGUGGAGAAAGGUGAGCUAUGUGAAGAUAAGCUGGAUUUCUGCGCUUCAGAGUUGAACAUGUGUCAGCAUGACUCCAAAUGUAUUCGGACUGCCAAGGGCUUCACGUGCGAAUGUACUCCAGGUUACACCGGAGAGCACUGCGAGGUGGAUUUCGAUGAUUGUGGAGAUAAUAAGUGUAAAAACGGAGCUCAAUGUAUUGAUGCUGUAAAUGGCUACACCUGUGUGUGUCCAGAAGGGUACAGCGGGUUGUUUUGCGACUUCACUCCACCAAUGGUACUACCCAGAACUAGUCCCUGCGACCACUACGACUGUGCCAACGGUGCACAGUGUGUUGUCAAGGACACGGAUCCGGAGUGUCAGUGUCUCCAUGGUUACGAAGGCGUGCACUGUGAGAGGCUGGUCAGCGUCAACUUCAUCAAUAGAGAAUCUUUCCUGCAGAUCCCAUCCAACCUCAUCUCAGAACAGGCCAAUAUAUCACUACAGAUUGCCACAGAUGAGGACAACGGUGUUUUGUUGUAUAAAGGAGAUAAUGAACACAUUGCUGUUGAGCUUUACAGAGGCAGACUGAGAGUCAGUUAUGACUCUGGAUCAUAUCCCCCAUCUGCCAUCUACAGUGUGGAGACGAUAAAUGAUGGCAGUUUUCAUGUAGUAGAGCUGGUAGCAAAGGAUCAGUCUCUGUCUCUGUCUAUUGAUGGAGGCAGCCCCAAAUCCAUCACUACUGCUAACAAUCCCAGUGCAGUUCCCAGCCCGGCUCCGCUUUAUCUCGGUGGAAUUCCACAGCAGUCUGGAUUGGCCUCAUUGCGUCAAGGUCCCGGCAGGAACGGAUCCAGUUUCCACGGCUGUAUCCGAAAUCUCUACAUUAAUGACCAGCUGCAGGACCUCACCCAGUUCUUACUGCAGGAGGGGGUGGUGCCAGGCUGCCAGCCGUGUCAGCAGAGUGUGUGCGUCCAUGGCCAGUGCCAUACGACCGGACACUCGUCCUUCAGUUGUGAGUGCGAGGCGGGGUGGACCGGUCAGCUGUGUGACCAGCAGAUUAACAACCCGUGUGAUGGGAACAAAUGUAUUCACGGCUCCUGUCUGCCCAUAAACUCAUACUCGUACAGCUGCCGCUGUCAUCCGGGCUUUGUUGGUGUGUUGUGCGAUGAAGAGGAGCAGUCGAGUCCUUGUCAGUUCAUAGCGUGUAAACACGGGCGCUGUCGCAUCUCCGGCCUGGGGAAGGCCUACUGCGAGUGCAACAGCGGAUAUACGGGACAAAACUGUGACAGAGAGAUGGCGUGUCGGGGGGAACGGGUCCGAGAUCACUAUCAGACGCAGCAGGGAUAUGCAGCGUGCCAAAGCACAGAGAAGGUCUCCCGCUUAGAGUGUCGGGGCAGCUGCGGUGACGGGACGUCCUGCUGCGCCCCCCUCCGCAGCAAGCGCAGGAAAUACACCUUCCAAUGCACAGACGGAUCCUCUUUUGUACAGGAAGUGGAAAAGGUUGUCAAAUGUGGCUGCACAAAAUGUCCUUCUUCCUAAAAACGAAUGGGAAGAAAUAUAUCCUCACACCCCUCGUCCUUCUUGUUUGAAGUCCCCCUGUUUUGUUUUACCUUUAUUUGUCAGUGUUGGACUAAUGUUUUUCCUUCAAAGGAGAUAAUGGAUUACUGUAAGAUAAAGAACAAACCUAUUUUUUAUUAUGAAGCGGAGAAAAAAAGACAAAAAAUAGAUCUUAGAGGGUUUUUUAUUUGCCAUCAUUUUAGGAACUGUGAUGUUUUUUUUACUUUUUUUUUUCAAAACCACCUCAGACGAGCACGGAAAGCAUACACAUCCUCUUAACACAUGUCGUGUGUGUGUGUGUGUCGAUCUUUUACGUGAUUUUUUUUUUUUUGGACUGUGGCUAACUCAUUUCACCUGGACUUCAAUAAGGUGAGAUAAAGAAUCACCAUGGAGACUGCAAGGGGAUUGGCUGAGAGCACCGGUGUCCCCUCCUACUUACAGCAUACCACUCAAGCACACGCUAUCAUAGCUGCUCCUCUUCAUUUAUUAACACAGUUACACACCUUAAACACUAGGUGUUCACAGAUAAUGCUCUUCAAGCAUGCACAUAAACACACACAAACACACACUUCUGACUCACUUUAUAAACAAUGUGUAUUUAUUGUAUCAAAAAUACUGUUACAUUACUUAUACUCAGUAUAGCCCUUGUUUGUUUUUCCUGGAGUUACAGUUGGAAUUUCUUAAUAUAUAUUAAUUUAUAUUCGUCCUCUUACCGAUUUAAAUCACUCAUAGUUUACUGAGUAGGUUAACUAACGUUGUGUCUCCUUUAUUUGGUUGGUUUGACCAAUGGGACUGUUGUAUUUACCAUAAAAAAGAAAAAGGAAAAAAAGAAAAAAUAACUCUGUGGUGUUAUAAAUCUUCAAAUGUGAAGUGAAAACCUUGUAUAUUUUUGUCCAAUCUCCUAAAAAUUUGUAUGGUGACACAGACGUGCUUUAUAUUAGAGUUUAAAUGUAUAGUUAAAAUUUUCCCCAUGUAUUCUGAAUAGAGCACACACACCAUAGGUCAAAAUAACAGUAGCCUCCUCCAUAGCUGUCAAUAAACCUCUUUUUAAAAUGUUCUCCUUGCGAAUCCUUUUUAAUGAUAUACGAAUAGAAAGAAAACUGUGACUUUUCUAAAUGAUACUACUUUGUUACCACUCUGUUUCCCCAAUGUUAACAUGUUGCUGCUAAAUUGGUAUUGUAGACUUUGGAUGACGAUGCUUAUGUUUAUUGUAGAGGACAUUGCUCAUUCAUUGAGCAAACUGUUUUACUGAUCAAUGAAUAAAGAUCUCCCCUCCCUAAACAA